AUGGCGCCCAAAAAGCCUUCUACCAAAGCAGAAGUGGCUCUGUUACCUUUGAAGAAUUGUCUUGUCAACCUCCCGACAUCUCUGGUGUCCUUACUCGUUAAUGCCAAUACACCUGCUCAGAAUGUCGUUAUUGAACUUGAGUUCAAGUCUCCUCCUGGGAAGGCCAAUGGAGCUCCGCCGCAGCGAUCAUGCUUUUUGGGCUGGACAGGUAUGCCGAGCAAGCGCAGGCUUGCGCCGGUCGUAAGUCGGGAUGGUAUCAACAACGGAUCCUCACGAGAGCAGGAGAUUUCCACCGUAGAGCUAGAUACCACGUUCGGAAGGCUUCUGGGUCUCGUUGAUGGGCAAAGAGUUGGACUCUAUGUACAUCUUGAUCCGCCCGUCGCGCAUACUAUCAAUAUCGAGCCAUUGACUCCGGAGGAUUGGGAAAUCAUCGAACUCCACGCCACAUUCCUCGAACUUAAUCUCCUAUCACAGAUCCGCGCUCUCCCCAACCCUUCGUACAGUGAACCAUCAUCAGGGCAUAUGCACCCGCUCGCGCUACAUCUCUCACCUACAUCUACUGCGAAUAUAACCAUCACCUCUCUCGUUCCUGCUCCACCAAACUCAUCCCCAUUUGCGAAAAUUGCGCCCGACGCGGAGGUCAUCGUUGCACCCAAAGCCCGAUCCAAGACUGUAAAGUCCUCUAGGGGCGACAAUAGGAGCAAUGCUGGAAGUAGUAGAAGGAGUACAGGAGGACGCAGCGCUGGGAGUACCCUUCCGAAGGGUAGUCGAUCUGAGUCUAGUAGUAGAGGCGCCCUGUAUCUAAGAGGCGUAGAUCGUCUCAUUGCCGAUGAAUCAUUUGAGGAAGAGAUAGAUGUGGAUAUGAACGACAGCCUAUGUGUCUGGGUUGAUCCUGAACUAUUAACUUCUAAAGAACUGAAGGGUGCGGCUUGGGUUUGCGUCUCUGUUAUCCAGCCCUCUGGUCUCAAAACACCGGUGGAUCCUCAGCAGCAAAUUGCUCAGCAAGAACAGAAGCCCCAUGAAACUGGCGCUCCUGCUACCAAGUUGGUGGCGAAACUUUUCCCGUGGGAAGAGGCGCCAGACAAUCAGCACGUGCAGAUGUCCACAAUGCUUUGCAAUGCUCUUGGUGCUGAGAACAUGGUAGGUGGGAUUGUGCGCGUGGAAGCCGCACCACCGCCACUUCAUCGAUCAGCCACCAAGACACUCAAGAUUUAUCCGUUUAUGGCCGAUGCAUCGAAGAAAAAAGAUGGGCUGAAGUUUGGGUCCGACACGGUAGCCUCUCGGGAUGCCUUGGCCGAACGUCUCAAGGUUAUCUACGGCAGCGCUGGUUCCGACAUUGGCCUUUUUUCUGGCCCUUUGACGGAUGGCAUGGUUCUACCUAAAGUUGAUAGUCAUCAUGCAGUGUCCUCGUUUGAUGGUGCUAUCUUGCGAUUUGAUCCCCCGUUGAAAGGAGGUGUCGAUGAAACAAAGACGAUGUUUGGCUGGCUUUUGGGCUCUGAAGCCAUAAUAAAUAUCGACGUGCAAGCUGAAAUCCCCAAGCCAUCAGGUGCAGGCGCAUCAGCUCUGCCUACAGAGGAUCCUCUGCCAGAUACUGUUCCUCAACUGGUGGGGAUCGAUUCAAUAAUUUCACAGUCGCUAACAAACCUUACCAAGUCCUCAUCUAUUCUACUGACUGGUGGACUUGGAGCUGGUAAAACAGCUCUUACCCAUCUCUUGGCGCACCGUCUGCGAAAAGAUCAUCUCUUCCAUGUUAAAUACUUUACCUGUCGCAAACUUGUCACAGAUGAAACACGUAUUUCGAACAUUAAAGAGGUCUUAAACCGCCUCUUUAUGUCUGCUUCUUGGUGUUCUCGACUCGGUGGCCAAGCUGUUGUGAUUCUUGAUGACCUAGACAAAUUGUGCCCGGUAGAGACGGAACUGCAGGUUGGUGGAGAUAAUGGCCGCAGCCGUCAGAAUAGUGAGAUUAUAUGCUCCAUGGUUCGAGAGUUUUGUUCAAUGAACUCAUCUGUUGUGUUGCUGGCUACAGCUCAGGAUAAAGAGUCUUUGAAUAAUGUGAUCAUAGGUGGUCACGUAGUCCGAGAGAUCAUCAGCGUUAGGGCCCCUGAUAAGGAAGGACGUCGAAAGGUCUUGGAGAAACUAACCAGUCAAGACAAGCCUACCGUGUCCGAUCCUGAGGGCCUUCAUAGCCAUGAGCGGAAGACGAGCUCUUCCACACAUGACUCAUGGCUCGAUCCAUCUCAACCUGAUAGUCGACCAAGCACUUCUGGUGGAGACGGAUUUGUCCUCGGCCGGGAUUUGGACUUUCUCGAACUGGCUGGUCGAACUGAUGGAUAUAUGCCCGGGGAUCUCGUGCUACUAGUUGCUCGUGCCCGUAAUGAGGCUCUCAUACGAUCAGUCCAGGAUCUAUCAUCCGAUUCUAAAAUGAUUACUCUAGGCUAUGAGGAUUUUGAGAGUGCACUCAAGGACUUCACACCCGCCUCACUUCGCAACGUCACCCUAACCUCUUCGUCAACAACAUUUUCCUCCAUCGGCGGUUUGUUCGAGACUCGCAAGACCCUGUUGGAAACCUUACAAUACCCUACAAAGUACGCACCAAUUUUUGCCAGGUCCCCGCUUCGCUUACGGUCUGGUCUGCUUCUUUAUGGCUUCCCAGGUUGUGGCAAGACUCUUCUGGCUAGUGCUGUAGCUGGCGAAUGUGGAUUGAAUUUCAUUAGUGUGAAAGGCCCGGAGAUUCUGAACAAAUACAUUGGUGCUAGUGAGAAGAGCGUUCGCGAUCUCUUUGAAAGAGCUCAGGCCGCCCGGCCCUGCGUCCUGUUCUUCGACGAGUUUGACAGUAUCGCGCCUAAGCGUGGCCAUGACUCUACGGGUGUUACCGAUCGAGUUGUAAACCAGCUCCUCACUCAAAUGGACGGUGCAGAAGGUCUCUCCGGAGUCUAUGUUCUGGCAGCCACAUCUCGGCCCGAUCUAAUCGACCCAGCUUUGUUGCGUCCGGGUCGUCUAGACAAGUCACUCCUAUGCGAUAUGCCCUCACAUGCAGACCGCAUCGAUAUUAUCCGCGCAGUAAGCGACAAGCUCAACAUGAGCGAUGAGGUUGCCACCCGACUGAACGAAGUUGCAGACCACACGGAGGGCUUCUCUGGAGCCGAUCUCCAGGCCGUUGUUUACAAUGCCCACUUGGAAGCAGUGCACGAUGCACUGGGUGACAAAACCAGCGGCAAUGAAAAGCCAGGCUCUAAACUCGGCGCCUCCAAGACCACCAGUAGCUCCAACAAAUCUUUCAUUCAGUUCCUCUACUCUUCUACGGAAGAAGUAUCCGGUCCAAACGCCCUACCGUCACCGGCGGUGGUUGCGGCCAAGCUGGACGCUCUCAAGAGCUCGCGUCGACGUCAACGCCAGCUCGAAAACGGAGUUUCAGCUGGACCUACCUCCACCGCCCCAACAGCUAAGGGUGCUGAACCCUCUGUUGACGAGCUACGGGAAGAGAUCAUCGUUCGAUGGGAGCAUAUCGAGCGUUCUCUCUCUAGCACACGCUCUUCUCUCAGCGCACCAGAGCGCAGACGUCUCCAGGGUAUCUAUCACGAGUUUGUGGCGGGGCGUAAUGGAGAGAUGCCCAACGGCGAGGCAGUGAAUGAAAUUGGUGGUCGAACCAGCCUGAUGUGA